CCAUUCCCGCAGAGCCCGGCCCCGCGCGCCACCGCCCGGCGGCCAAUCGGGAGGCGCCCAGCUGCGUACGGGAUGAGCGCGCCCGGCGGCGGGCGGCCGAGCCGGGGCUGAGCCGAGGGGCGCGCCGGGACCCUCCGCCUGCGGGCAGCGGACCGAUCUUUUUGGAUCCCUGUCUGAUUGAUCCAUGGUCUCAAGCCCUGCCCUGUAACUGUCGCAAGGAGCCAAAAUGAAGUUGAAGCAUAACAUCAACCCCGUUCUCCUGCAGUUUAUAAAUUUUAUUAUCUUGGUGUACACGGUUGUAACGUAUAUUCCUUGGUACAUAUUUUCAGGCUCAAGGCAGGCUAUAGCAAAAUCCAAGCAGGUUAAAGCUAGACCUGUGAAUAACAGGCCUGGGAGUGCAUACAGGUCUGUUAACAGUCUGCACUGCUUAGCUUCAGUUCUAUAUCCUGGGUGUGAUACACUUGACAAAGUUUUUAAGUAUGCUAAAACGAAAUAUAAGGACAAAAAGCUCUUGGGAACACGUGAAAUCCUGAAGGAGGAAGAUGAAAUCCAGCCAUCAGGAAAAGUUUUCAAAAAGGUCAUCCUUGGCAAGUACACCUGGCUUUCGUAUGAAGAUGUAUACAUCAAAGCUGUUAAUUUUGGAAAUGGCUUAGCAGUGUUGGGUCAGCAACCAAAGACAAACAUUGCUAUCUUCUGUGAGACUAGAGCUGAGUGGAUGAUUGCAGCACAAGCCUGCUUUAUGUGCAACUACCAGCUUGUUACUCUGUAUGCUACCCUAGGAGGUGCAGCAAUAGUACAUGGGCUAAAUGAAACAGAGGUGACCACCAUCAUUACUAGUAAAGAAUUGAUGCAAACAAAAUUGAAGGAAAUUGUUUCUCAAAUUCCACGGCUGCGACAUAUUAUUACAGUGGAUGGCAAACCAACAACGUGGUCGGAAUUUCCCAAGGGGGUCAUUGUUCACACUAUGGCUUCCGUGCAAGCUAUGGGAGCCAAGGCAGAUAGUGGAAACAAACAGCAAGUCAGGCCUGUACCCUCAGAUGUCGCAGUGAUCAUGUACACAAGUGGAUCCACAGGAAUUCCCAAAGGAGUUAUGAUCUCCCACUGCAACAUAAUUGCUGGUAUAACUGGAAUGGCUGAAAGGAUUCCAAAUCUGGGGGAGAAAGACAUUUAUAUUGGCUAUUUGCCUCUUGCCCAUGUUCUGGAGCUGAGUGCUGAACUUGUGUGCCUGUCUCAUGGAUGCCGCAUUGGUUACUCUUCACCUCAGACAUUAGCUGACCAGUCGUCUAAAAUAAAGAAAGGAAGCAAAGGUGAUGUUACUAUGCUUAAACCAACCCUAAUGGCAGCUGUUCCGGAAAUUAUGGAUCGGAUCUACAAAAAUGUCAUGAAUAAGGUAAAUGAAAUGACGAGUUUCCAGCGAAAUCUAUUCAUAUUGGCCUACAAUUACAAAAUGGAACAGAUUUCCAAAGGUUAUACGACCCCACUCUGCGAUAGCCUUAUUUUCCGGAAGGUACGAAUGCUGCUCGGUGGAAAAAUUCGCAUCCUGCUUUGUGGAGGAGCCCCACUCUCUGCAACAACUCAGCGAUUUAUGAACAUUUGUUUCUGUUGCCCUGUAGGGCAGGGGUAUGGGCUAACUGAAUCAGCUGGAGCUGGAACAAUCACAGAAGUUUGGGACUACACUACAGGGAGAGUGGGAGCACCUUUGGUUUGCUGUGAAAUCAAGUUAAUGAACUGGGAAGAAGGUGGAUAUUACAACACUGAUAAACCAUAUCCUAGAGGUGAGAUUCUUAUUGGAGGGCAAAAUGUGACUGUGGGCUACUAUAAAAAUGAAGGACGAACCAGAAAAGAUUUCACUAUUGAUGAGAAUGGGCAGAGGUGGCUCCAUACUGGAGACAUUGGAGAGUUUCACCAAGACGGAUGUCUAAAAAUUAUUGAUCGUAAAAAAGACCUUGUAAAACUCCAAGCAGGAGAAUAUGUUUCUCUUGGCAAAGUAGAAGCAGCUCUGAAGAAUAUUCCACUGGUAGAUAACAUUUGUGCGUACGCAAGCAGUUUCCAUUCUUACGUCAUUGGAUUUGUUGUGCCAAAUCAAAAGGAGCUCGCAGAACUAGCUCGAAAGAAAGGAUUUAAAGGAACCUGGGAAGAGAUCUGUAACAGUCCUGAGAUGGAAAAAGAGGUACUGAAGGUGCUAGCUGAGGCUGCCAUGGCAGCUAAUCUGGAGAAGUUUGAAAUACCAGUAAAAAUCCGUUUGAGCCCUGAUCCUUGGACCCCUGAGACUGGCCUAGUGACAGAUGCGUUCAAACUGAAACGCAAAGAGCUUACAGCGUACUAUCAGGUGGACAUUGAUCGAAUGUAUGGAACAAAUGUCAAAUAAUUAUUUUUCUGCACCAUUUGGCUACAGUGAGCUUGGAUCAAAUAGGAAAUACUUGAAUUGCCUGUCUCAGCACUUGAGAUCAAACACCAAACCACCAUUCCUCGUUUGAAGCCUAAACUGUUGUUUCUGAUAACAUCACCCUGAUGACCGGCGAGUUUAGUAAAAUGUUACGGCAACAAACUUGUGUCUGUCUCCUUUUUUUUCCAGUUUUCUCUGCUACCUUGUCAGUGCUUGGAUUUUCCUGACUGUUUUUGGGAAACCAUGAUUCUGAAGCCUCAAGUUUUUAAACAUUUAUAAAUCCUGUAUAAUGUUUUAUUUGUAUCUUUAACAUUUGGAUGUAUAUAGGGAGAACUUGGCUAUAUAAGAAAUGGUAAUACUGGGGGGCCUUUUUUUACCUAACUAUUUAAAGAUAAGAAGGUACUCAUGUUGUGACAUUAUGUAAAUUAAAAAUGCUUAUGAUGAGAUCACCGUUGAACAGAGGACUGGGUUAUUUGCUGCUGGGCUAUUUCUAUGUGUAAGUCUGAGGGAGAAAGCAUUUGACAUUAUAGCUUGUGUAAAACACCUUUAAUAUGUGCCUGAUGGCUACUUCUGUUUCUUUUUGAAAAUGAAAAGAUAGUCAUGGCACAGCUCUGCAUAAAGGUGGGUUACUGUGCAGGUGUUAGUGAGCAUCUUUUGUAUUAAAUAAGACUUGUUCACACAGCAGAAAUGAAAUGGAAGAAUAAUCUCUUGAAUACAGAAGCUCCUUCUUGAAGUAGCUCGUGACUGUUCCAUAUAGUAGUUGAAUUGCAUAGAGUUAAUAAGAACUCUCAGAAUUAAUUUCCAUUAACACUUUGUAAGUUUGACAGUGUCUGUUCAGCAGAGGGACUGCAACAAAUCCCGUUCUGUUUUCUUGUUAGAUUUGGACAACACUGGGUUUGCUAUUUGGUUUGUACAAGGAUGAUAAAAGCCCUGUUCUGUGCUAGCUGCAGCCCAAAUCUUACAGGGGGGAGGGGGACUGAAGUCCUAAUAGCAGUUAUGUUCUCAGUUCACACAGUGCCUAGCUGCCCUUUGUGCCAUUAAAAAUCUCCCUUUUAAUUUUGUGUUCUUCUAUUCAGAGGUUUGGGCUUUUUUCCUUUUUAAAACAGAUAUGAGGUAUUUGUUGACCAGAGUCAUAUUUAUGUUACUCGUCUAAUCGUUACACCCAAAUUCUUACUCUAGGAAGGAGUCUCAGUUUCUGUUUUACUGUAGAUAUGUGAAUAUUGCUUGAAGAGUUAUUGGAGAUCUUUUCAUCUUCAGUGAGAACUUUCAGAUUUGUUUCAGAUUUGAAUUUUAUUCUCAAAAUAUUUCUAGAAAGAAUAAUUCAAUCCGGGUUGUGAAUGUGAAAAAACGCACAUCCAUCAACUUUGUGAUGGAGCAAAUAUUAAAAUGGCAUUAAUUUGGAGACAAUUGUCGUGUGUAUCAUACUUACAGUGCUAAAAAUCAAGGUCUUCUGCCCACUUAAUACUGUAUUAUGGUAACGUACGGCAGUUCUGAACAGCAGAAGGUUUGUUUGGGGAAGGGAAUUCCUGCUGCUAGCACUCAUGAAGCAUUGAUGCGGCAGUUGUGGAAGAUGCUUGAUGUAUAAAUUCUCUUUAAAAAGUGUUCUGAAAUAUUAUUUCAAUUAACACUUUUCAUUGGUUAUAGAAAGCGGUUUCAUAGCAGUUGAAUGUGUUAUCAAGUAGAUUCCUUGUACUUCAGUGUUGGCAAAAUGAUGAGAAGGCUUGUGCUGUUCUUUGUUACGUUAUCCUGGAUUUCCUCUCCUGCAGUCUGUGAAAAGCUGUUACGUUUGUGGUGUAACAGGUGAAAUCGAAAUACAGAAAACAAAAACCAGGACUGUGUUUAUAAGAGUAAUGCCUUCGGAUACCUAGAUAAUAACUAAUUUUUUUCUGACAAAUAGGUAAAGACUCAUGUUGGAAAUGAACUGUGAGGAUAUGGAAGUUGCCCAGACUGCAGGGAAGUGUUGCGCUGUGUCUGUCCUCCAUCAACAGGUUCUUGAGAUGUUUGCGCUCAGCGCAGGUCAUACGUUGCUCAAGUGGUUUUUGUGAUUUUGGUGAAAAUUAAUAGAUUGCUGAAGUACUAUUACUAUGUAUUUCACUUGGUGCAUUGUGCAGCAGAUUUGAUUUAUUUGGCAAAUCAGGAGCAAUUAGAAAUUGUUAUUUCAGGGUUUACUUGCAGUUUUGGGUAAACUGUGUAAAUGAAACUGAAGUCAUUUGGAAAUAGUAGUUUUCUUCUUUUUUUUCUCUGAUCCAAGAUUGGGUUGCAGUCUGUGAAUCUGAUUUUUUUUUUUCAGUUCAGGUUUUUCGUAUGUUUAACAUUGAUAUCAGUAUACAUAGCUCCUCCUUCUUUAGGAAUCAGAUUCAUGGUGGAACUUUUCCUAUACGGAAUGUGAAGUUGAAGUGGUUCAUCAGUUUGAGCUUCAGUGUUGAAGUUUUGGAAGACUUUUAAAAUACUUGAAUGGGCUUAAAAAAAAAACUUGUAUGGUAAUGUAAUACUGCUCAGUUCUGCAUUCUUCCAGCUCCCAUUGAGGCCAGUGUGUGCUGGGACUGCACGCCACAGCCGCUGUGCAGAUGCAGGGCUUCCUUGCUCUGCAGUGUGAGUCCUGCAGCUGGUAGGGAUUUGGGGCUGCCACCACAUUUGCACCCUGUGCACUUGCAUUGCUGAGCAGAAAGACAGCUGAAGGGAGUGAAAUGCUAGUGGUACCACCACAGAUGCACGGUGCAUUCUCACCAGCCAGGAAUCUGCGUGGUAUCUUUUUUCCCUGAGUCUUCCUGUGCCCAGUGUGAAACAAAAAAGAAACAGAACCACCUGAGGGAAUGUAUUGCACGUGUCCCAAAUGCUGUAGGCAGCUGUAGAGUAAGUUGUGAGAAAUGCUUGGUUAGCAGUAGCAGUCUUCAUCCUGUGGGGAAUUCUGUAACAAGAAGAGCUGAAAAUCUUGAACAAUCUGUCUGAGUUCAAAUUAAGAACAGAGGGUAUAUACCUCACCUGAGGGCCCCAAAAUGGGGGGGGGGGGAGGGGGGAUUUUUAGCAAAACUUUUGUAAAUACAAGUCUUGCAGAACUUUGGAUCAUUGGGAAUGGUAACCACUUUCUCUGUUGUGAGAAUUUAUGUAGCAUAAAAAUGUAUUUCAUUUAUAAAAAUGACUGUCCAAAAAAUUCCAAGGAUGCUGUGAAUCUCCUUUAAAUUCUUACAACUCCUUACAAAAUAUAUCAGGUCUUUAGACUAAAUUCAAUCUAGACGUCAUAAAUGUUCUUUGCAGAGAAUAUUGAUUCGUAGAGCAGUUCAGGAAAUAAAAAAAAUAGCGUCAGCAAAGACCCUUUGAGUUUACUGAUGCUGCUGUUACUGCAGUUUGCACAUGCAAGAACCUUACCUCAAUGGGAAGCUGUAGCUUAGCAGUAAAAUAUUUGGCCGAAAUGAAAGCAAAAAACAACGUGCGACUGAAGGUAAGAACAUAAUGCAUAUCCUCAUGCUGCUGGUUUGAUGGCUAUGGAAGGACAUGGAAGAAGUUGUGUGGUUAAAACCAUGCACAGAAACAUCCUGUAAAGCUUGUAAAUCUGUAUGCAGAAAUUGCUGUGGGAUGUAAGAGUCCUUUGCAAGAAGCUGUGUCCUGCUAGAAUUCACAAGCUUUCAUCCUGUACUAGAACUGCGUGUAGGCCAUGCAAUGCAGCGUCUUUAUUCGUGUGGUGUAGUAACUACUUUGGACUUGGUAUUAAUUUGUGUACAUCUGUUUUUGGUAAGAGGAACUAUUUUCAACUUGUGUACACCUUGGACUGGGCUGAGAAAUCAAUUGAAUGACCAGUUGUAUAUUACUGUAAUCGGUUAAGUAAUUUAAACUCCUUUUCAAUGUGAUCUUGGUUGUUACUAGGACCUGCCUGAACAUUGUAUAUCCUAAUUGAGUUAUAUUGUAUGAAUUAUUUAUUUGUAAUUGGAUAUCAUGUUUCAAAAAUAAAAUUAAUUUCACAAAUCA